AAUGACUGUUAUCUGCGCUCACGCGGUUCUACUAAAACCGACCUUCUUUGGUUCUUCCCUUACAUGACUAUAUAUCUUCGUUUGCAAAUAUCAAUCCAUAUAUCAUACACAUCUACAUACCAUUUUCAUCUACAUUUUCAAAGAAAAAUCAUAAUCUGUUCGAAUAUGAGCCAAUACAGUCAAAACCAAUAUGCAGGAGCUUAUCCUACGCCGCCAGUGUCUACCGGUCCAUACGUGGCACCGCCACCGCUCGGUUACCCAACGAACGACACGACUCAUGCUACGGUGGCUCCUGUCGAGACAAAGUCUAAAGGUGAAGCUGCUGAUGGAUUCUUGAAAGGCUGUCUUGCGACCAUGUUGGCCUGUUGCGUCCUCGACGCAUGCAUUUUCUGAGUUCGGAGGAAGCAGUCGAUUGUUUAUUAAAUUUGACACUUCAUGCAAAUAUUUUUCAUUGUAUUUUGCAAGUAGUUUUUGGGAUUCGAUUAGCUUAUAACAUUUGGACCUCCUAUUUGUUGAUUUAAUUAUUUAUUACUACUUUUUUUAUUUUAUUACAACUUAGUUUGUAAUAGUAAAAUUUAUUCUACUUUGUGCCCAAAACUGUCAAUUGUUGUUCAUUUAAAUUUCUG